UAGCUGAUUUUGAAGUUUAAGUAAAACCCUAGUUCAGAUUCUUCUUAAUCAGCAGAAAUGGAGACCGGAAGAAGCAGUGAGAGUCCAGAAGUACCCAAGAAGGGCAAAUCAAAAACCCCUCGAAAACCUAAAGAUAGCAUUCUCAAACAGAAGUCUCCCGCUGAGUUCUUUGCAGAUAACAAGAACAUUGCGGGUUUUGACAAUCCUGGGAAAUGUCUUUACACUACUGUGAGAGAACUUGUUGAGAAUGCACUUGAUUCUGCUGAAUCCAUCUCUGAACUUCCAGUUGUAGAGAUAACCAUUGAAGAGAUUGGUAGAGGUAAAUUUAAUUCCAUGAUUGGUCUGGCUGACCAUGAACGUAGAGAUGAAGCCCUAUAUGAUGAUUUUGAGACAGCAAAGGCUCGUGAGAAAAGACUUGCCAAGGAAGCUCGGGUUCUAGAGAUUCAAGCAAAGAAUGUUGCUCUUGGGAAGAAAGUAAAAGACCCCGCAGCUACAAAAGCAGUUAAGGGUAGGGAGGCAUCGUAUUAUAGGGUGACAUGCAAGGAUAAUGGAAGAGGAAUGCCACAUGAUGAUAUCCCGAAUAUGUUUGGACGAGUUUUGUCUGGAACAAAGUAUGGAUUGAAACAGACACGUGGGAAAUUUGGUCUUGGUGCAAAGAUGGCAUUGAUUUGGUCCAAGAUGAGUACAGGACUUCCCAUUGAGAUUACAUCUUCCAUGAACAGUCAAAAUUAUACCUCAUUCUGUAGGCUGGAUAUUGAUAUUCACAAGAAUGUUCCUCACAUUCAUAUACAUGAAAAAGGGGAAAACAAAGAACGGUGGCAUGGUGCUGAAAUCCAGAUUGUUAUUGAAGGGAACUGGACAACGUACCGGUCCAAAAUAUUGCAUUAUAUGCGACAAAUGGCUGUCAUCACGCCCUAUGCCCAAUUCCUUUUCCAAUUCGUAUCAGAUUCUCCUGAGAAAAAUGUGACUAUAAGGUUCACCAGAAGAACAGACAUAAUGCCUUCAGUUCCUCUUGAGACCAAGUACCAUCCAUCUGCUGUGGACAUACUUCUUAUCAAACGGCUUAUAACGGAAACAUCAAAGCAGACUCUUUUGCAGUUCCUUCAGCAUGAAUUUGUAAACAUUGGGAAGUCUCAUGCGGAACGUUUAAUCGGGGAGAUGGGUCCAGAUUUCAGCCCAAAAAUGUCAGUUAAAUCUCUAACACCACAGCAAAUAGUUCGCAUCCAUCAGUUGUUUCGUCAAGCCAAAUUUGAUGAUCCCAGUGGUGAUAUUUUAAGUCCUGCUGGAGAAUAUAAUCUACGUCUUGGCAUUAUAAAGGAGCUUCACCCAGAUAUGGUUGCUACCUUUUCAGGAAGUGCUCAAGUAUUUGAAGGUCAUCCAUUCAUCGUGGAAGCUGGAGUUAGCGUUGGUGGGAAAGAUGUUAAACAAGGGCUGAAUGUUUUCCGAUUUGCUAAUCGGAUUCCACUUCUUUUUGAGCAAGGUGCUGAUGUUGUUACCAGGACUGCUAUGAAGAGAAUCAAUUGGAACAGUUACAAGAUCAACCAAACACAAGACAAGAUUGGUGUCUUUGUGAGCAUUGUUAGCACCAAAAUCCCCUUUAAAGGGACUGGCAAGGAGUAUAUUGGAGAUGACAUAAGUGAGAUAGCUUCUGCUGUCAAGACAGCUAUUCAGCAAUGCUGCAAUCAGCUCAAAUCAAAAAUUGUAAAAAGAAUUCAUGCUCGUGAGCAGCAGGAAAGGAAGCGGAAUCUGAGCAAGUAUAUUCCUAGUGCUACUGCUGCUAUAUAUGAUCUCCUAAAACAGACGACAAUUGUGCAUGCAUCAAAAAAGAGACGCUUCAGGGAUGACAAUGCUGACCUACUAAAACAAGUUUCAGUUAAUUCAUUAACAAAAGAUACAUUCAGAGAAAAGCUUGCUCAGCAUGUCGAAAAGGUGGACUACGAAAUGGGUUUGGAAUAUGCAACACAGACCGGAGUGAAUGAAGAACCACGGGAAGACAUAUACAUAGAGUCACUGGAUGAAGAUAAGAAGAACUUCAUAGACCUCCAGAGCCCCAUAUUUGUCUUCAGACUCUAUCACUAGUUAUUCACUUGCUGGAUUGUCAUAGGAAUGUGUUGUUUCUAAUAUUAUUUUUCAUUUUGAUUUUGAU